AUGAUAAGACUUGGAGAGCGGGCUACCUUUGGGAAGAUUUAUCAGAUAAGAUAUAAAGACAGAAUGUUAUUAAAGAGACUCUGCGGAGUGAUUUUAAUACAAACGUAUGGGAUGAAGAUUGAGGGAAGUAUUACAUGCACAAGCGAGGGAGAUUUAUUGGAGAUAUUAAAAAGCCUGGCUCUGAAAGGGAAGGACAUAGCAAUAUUAAGUCCCUCUACACUUAUAGUGAAUAGAGAAAUAUACAAGAUGUUCAGAUUAUUGAAUGCUGUAGGGAUAUCAUUAUUUUUGUUUAUUCUUCAAGAUGAUCCUGUCUGGUAUAUGGACGAGGUCAUGCAACCCUAA